AAAAGUUUCAAUGUCCAGCACGUGGCCCAGCUCUUCCUACAACUCGCUACGACCACUCAAACCACUUCUACCUUCCUUUCUACAAUCGCACGCCGGCAACUCGUCCUCCAUACCCAAAGCACAACGCAAGGGCAGCCCAUCAGACAGAAUGGGUGCUUCAACGGUCCGCAUCCUCAUCAUCAAUCCCAAUACCUCUCACCACAUGACCGAGGCGCUGAAACCAGUCAUCGAAAGCCUGGAUCUCCCGUCCACCAUCAAAUCCACGUUCUUCACCUCCCCUUCCCCGGGCAUCCCGAGCAUAAACUCCCCCGAAGAUGCCGCUCAAUCCGCGGAAAACUGUCUGUCGAAACUCAUCCCACUUCUUAAAGAUCACGACGCCUUCCUAGUAGCAUGCUACAGUCAGCACCCUUUAGUCCCGCAGUUGAAAAAAGAAUGUGCCAAACUCGCUGCCUCCAACGCCGAGAGGAAGUUCGUUACCGGCAUAUUCGAAGCGAGCGUAACGACGAGUCUGGCUCUCGUUCCAGACGAUGCCGGGUUCGGAAUCGUAUCGACGGGCAAGAUAUGGGAGGAGGCGCUGCAGACUGCGGUGGAUGAGUUUCUUGGAACUAGCAAGUCGACCAGGUUCUACGGGUGCGAGACCACGGGGCUGAAUGCGAGUGAGUUGCACGAUUUGCCGGCCGAAGAAGUGCGUGUGAAGAUGAUGGAUGCUACGAAACGACUUCUCAGACGGGGUAUGACACGGCCAGGGGCCAAGGAUUCGAAGGUGAAGGCUAUUUGUCUGGGUUGCGCGGGUAUGGUGGGACUAGACUCUGCGGUGCGGAGUGCUUGUAUAGAAGAGCUUGGAGAUCAGGCGGGUAAGCAGGUGCAUAUCGUUGAUGGGGUCAGGGCUGGGGUUGGGAGCUUGUACGGGCUUUGGAAGGCUAUGGGUGGAUAUUACUGAUGACGUGCGAACAACAACACAGCAAAGAGUCGGGAUACGCGAUUCACACUGUUGGAGACAACCUCUUACAUCGUCAACCGCCAAAAAGCAGCAACAAGUUUG